AUGUUGCGUUCCUUCGUGCGGUCACAUUUUACGCUCCUGGCAGCGGUGCUGUUGGCCGGUAUGGCUGUGAGCAUGGUCGAGGGCGAGAAAGAAAUACCACUUACCAAGUUCAGCCAAGAUGUUGGCGGGUACGGCGCAACGAUGACGUUCCUGUACUGCUAUUCCUGUGGGUAUCGUAAGGCGUUCGAUGAUUACUAUAACAUAAUUCGCGAAAAGUACCCGGAAAUUACGAUCCGGGGCGGUAACUAUGACCCGUCCGGGUUUAAUAUGCUGCUGUCGAAGGUCCUGCUAGUGACGAAGCUGCUGCUGAUCGCGGCACUGAUGUCGAAUUACGAUAUCGGCCGCUUCAUUGGCAAUCCGUUUGCCGGUUGGUGGCGAUGGUGCUUCAACAACAAACUGUACGCAUCGAUGAUGAUCUUCUUCCUCGGCAACACGCUGGAAGCUCAGCUCAUAUCGUCCGGUGCAUUCGAGAUAACGCUGAACGAUGUGCCGGUGUGGUCCAAGUUGGACACGGGCCGGUUUCCUGCGCCACAAGAGAUGUUCCAAAUUAUCGAUAAUCAUCUACAGUUUGCCAACAAGAUCGAGCCAAAUCCUGAUUUCGUAAAAUAA